AUGGCCCGAGGGUCGUGUUUCUCGACGAGCCCGGGGAGCCCCAGGGUUCGGCCCCAUCGGAGGCGGAGCCCUGCGGAGAGCGCCCGCCAGGCCGGGGCCUCGGAUGCCUCGCCUCGCCUCCGAUGCCUUCGCACAGGCGCUGCCUCAGAAGGGGAGCGUGAAGGCGGGCUGCUCGUCUCUCCUGCCAGUCCUCUCCUCCCCCUCCUCCUCCUCCUCCUCCUCCUCCUCCUCCUCCUCCUCCUCCUCCUCCUCCUCCUCCUACCCCGUCUCUUUAAGUGCCACAUGUUCGUUGCGCUUAGUUACAUGGUUCCCAUGUUUACCAUCAGCUGA